AUGAGGCCCGAUCUUCUAUCUACCUUCGUGACCGUGAUGGCCUUCGCGCAUCAUGCCGAAGCAGCGCAGUCUUCUAUUGUCUCGGGGAGUGCUCCCGGCUUCGCAGCGGGCGUGACGGGAGGAGGCGACGCGACCCCUGUCUAUCCGACAACUAUCGACGAGCUGAAAGAGUACCUCACCUCCUCUUCGCCUCAGAACAUUGUUAUCGAGGGUACUUUCGACUUUGUCGGUUCUGAGGGCACCAAAACUUAUCAGGCUUGUAACAUCUAUGACUGCACACCGGAUAAUGGUGGACAGGCUAUACUUAACACGCUUGGGGGAUGCGGGGACACCUCGACAUAUGACGUGACCAUCGACGUUGCAGGAUACCAGGGUAUCAAUGUCGCAUCAGACAAAACUCUGGUCGGUAAAGGGACAGGCGCUGUGCUCAAUGGCAAGGGCCUGCGGUUCGUGGGCGUCUCCAACAUCAUCAUUCAGAACAUCGAAAUCACCAACCUCAACCCGAAGUAUGUUUGGGGAGGAGAUGCUCUUACGUUCUCCGACACUAAUCAGAUCUGGAUCGACCAUGUCACCACCUCCUCACUAGGCCGCCAGCACUAUAGUUUUGGCCAGGAGAGUGACAACGCCAUCACCAUCUCCAAUAGCUUCAUCAACGGGAAGACUGACUACUCUGCUACUUGUGAUGGACACACGUACUGGGGCCUCGAGCUGGUCGGCUCCAGUGACCAAAUCACCUUCUACAAAAACUACGUCUACUACACCUCCGGGCGCAGUCCCGCUCUCAGUGGCAAUACACUCUUCCACGCAGUCAACAGUGUCUGGGCUGAUAACAGCGGUCACGCCAUCGAAGGGACCGACAACGGUAUGGGCCUUUUUGAGGGCAACGUGUUCAACAGUGUCCCCACCAUUGUUCAGAGCGGCUUUGUCGGUCAGCUAUUCAGCUCCGAGUCGGCCAAUCUUAGCCAAUGCGAGACGUCCUUGGGAAGAGACUGUGUGACCAAUGCUUACACCAGCUCUGGUUCCUUCAGUUAUGAUGACGAUGGAUUCUUUGUUGACUUUGAGAACCUGCCCAUUGUAUCUGCUGCAUCUGCAUCUUCGAUUGCGAGUACCGUUCCUUCGGAUGCUGGUAAUACCCUGAGCAGCACCUAA